UCGGGUAUCUGCGGCCCGCGGACAUGCGCGGUGUUUACAGAACGUGUCGGAGCACACGCCGAGUCACGGCGACACAGCGGGAAGUGACGAUUAUGUGUUAUGGAGAGGUGAAGGAUGCUAUAGCACUUCUUCAUGGCUCUGGCGGUGCUGACGAGGCUGCACUUGCUGAGGAAAGCAGCAGUUCCCCUGCUCUCCUCUUCAUCCAUUUGGAGCUCCUCGGCUUGUCGUCAGCUGUCGGCAUCUAAAGCAGGACUGAGAUGGAUGUGCAUCGCAAGCCGGGAGCCUGUCUUUCUUGUGUCCGGAUCAAUCCGGCUUUCCCGCGACAGCUCUGUUACAGGACGUCCCACAACUUUGCUUCACCCCCCGAGUUCUGACAAGGAUGGCGUCUUUAAAAAUUCCAUCUCUUCCUGCAUCUCCUCUCAGCAGGUCCUGCGGCUCUUGCGCUCCUUUCCUGAACUUUCGGGUGCUGCUGCUGCCUCUGUUCUCCACCGGCUGGCUGAUCUGGAGGAGGAUGGAGUUGGGGGCCUUCGAGACCCAUCUGUGUUGCUGUCUGACACGGCUUUGGCCGAGCUAUGCUCGAAGCUGGAAAAAGAGUCAGCUGAACUGGACGACGAGGUGGUGAUACAUGCUUUAUUAGGCUGCACUCGUCUGUACUUGGACCCGUCGAGUUGCCUGGUGGUCAGGCUGGUGUCUGAGAGCCAGGUGAGGCUGAACAGAGGGAGCCUCAACAUCACUGCACUCUGCGGGUUAGCGAGGGCCCUUUUCGCUCUGGAAGGGCCGGACUGUGUCAUGCUAGCGGAGGUCAUGAGGCAGCUCAGGAGUAAAGAUGCAUAUCUGUGGAAUAUAAACGAACUGAUUGAUGUCUAUAGCAUGCUAGCUGCUGGAGUGGCUGAAGGUGGGCGCCACCAGGACUUGUUAAAUGAAAUGAACAGCCAGUCACUUAGCCUAGCACCGUGGAUGGACCCUGCAACAGUCAGUAAGACACUAGGAGCCCUUGUUACUCUCAAUCAAGCUCAGGUUGUACCACUAGUGAUUGCCCUCUGCAAAUAUGCCGUAAAACAUGUCCCACAUUUCACAGAUGCAGAAUUAUCUGUGCUGCUGUCCGCGCUCAUGCAUUAUGGAUAUUACAAUGACUUUCUUGUUAAAGCGCUGGAAGAGCACAUGCUUAAGACAGCCUUUAGCACUCACCCCGAGACAAUAAGUAAGCUCAUGCAGUAUUUUGGGCAACUGCGAAUUUUCUCUCCACAAGUUUUCGAUGCAGUUGCUGAAAGCUUUGUGUACAGAGCAGAUGAGUACAGCGCUGAGCAGGUCUCCCAGCUGGUAGCAGCGCUGGGAGUGGUGGGAUAUGUCCCUAAGGAGUCGGGGCGCCUCUUCCGGAAAUUGGAAUCAGUGAUAGAUGCCCGGUUUUCACAGUUUCAACCAAAAUCUCUGCUGGAACUGCUUCAUGCCUGUACCCUGCUGCAGAGAUACCCUCUCAACUUUGUCUCUAAGGUUUUAAGCCCAUACUUUCUGCAGCAACUUCAUGGAGAGAGCAGUGUGAUUGAUUGUGUGGCGCUGGCUCAGCUCAUUCAGCUUUACAUGACUGUGAAGCUGGAAUGUCCAUCCUAUGAUCUGCAGAGUCCAUGGUUUCUACGCAAACUGCACAUGGAGUCGUUCCUGUUUGCAGGGAAUUCAAUAGAGACGGAAAUGGAUCACAAUCUUUGUAGAGAUGUGAUGGUGGGCCUGCAGAGUCUGCUGGGGAACCGAAAUUACUUCACCUCCGGAGUCCUUACACAGUUUGGCUACACACUUGACGUGGAGAUAAAACUAGAUAAAGAAGGCUGUGUCUUGGCUGCCAGUGAAGAUGACGUGUGUAAAAGGAUUGCUCUGUGUAUUGAUGGGCCCAGGCGCUAUGCAUCUAAUGCAAGUCGGCUUCUGGGGAAGGAAGCUAUCAAGCAGCGUCACCUGAGGAUCCUGGGAUAUGAAGUUGUUCAGAUUCCCUACUUCGAGUUCAACAAUCUAAAAAACAAGAAAGAGAGAGUGAAGUAUCUGCACCAGAAGAUCUUCCCUAAAAGCUACAGAUUCAGCUGGUGACGGUUACUUCUCAGAGAGACACGAACAAGCUCUCUCUAAACAAGCAGAAUGGUUCUCACCAAAAACAGCCUAAUUUUUGCAGAAGAGAGACAGCAUAUAAUGUAUUGAAUGUUGUAAAAAUACAGUAACAGAGUGGCUAUGUCAUAGUACUGCUGUUGCUUAUAUUGAGAAUUAUUGAUUAUAUAGCCUCUAAUGUAUUUUUUUAUGAAUAAAUGUCAGUUUUUGUGACAUUAAAGAAACUUUUUAUUCUAAAGUA